GUUCGCUGCAAUCGAGUCAUUCCACGAUGCGAUAACUGUGAGAAGGCCGGAGAUGAAUGUGUAUACACAUCUCGGAAGUCCCGAAUCAAGAAACCACAGUAUUAUCUGCCCAUGAAAGGGAGUUCCUAUUCAACCACCAAUGGACUAAUCAAAAUUUCCAGGAAUCUUCCAGUCAAAGCAAAUCCGCUUUGGGACAUUCUCCGCCGUCUCAACCGCCUCGAAAAAUAUUGCUCUCUGCCGAGUGCCUCAGCUGCUUCGGACGCCUCUCAGACCACACCCGUAAACGAUGAUUCGCUACAGAUAGUCCCUCCGGCGAUUCAAAAUCUUAUCAAAUGUAUCAAAGAUGAAGAUACUCGAUACUUCCUCGUUUUGAAUCUUUUCUGUCGCCUGAGACAAAUUCAUUCGACCUUUUUCAGCAGUCGAGCUAUCAGUGCGAUCACCUCUGCCAUAUCAGAGAUCGAAUUCCUGCAGAAUACACCAAGUCUUGAGCUGCUGGAGGACCCAGUUAUCCAAAAAGAUCUAGUGAAAAGGCUGAUCGAAAACUACUAUGGCCGUUACCAAUUCGAAGGCUUCAAAUACCCUCUCGAGAAAGAUUUCUUGGCUGCAAUUCCUGACUUGAUCGAUAACCCUCACAUCGAGCUAGACUAUACGUCCCAAAUUAUCUACUACUCCAUCAUACUCCGAGGCAUCAUGCUUGACCCAGAAUCCCUCCCAGGAAGAGGCAACAUAAUCCAGGCUCUCUAUUCGAAGUGCGUUGCAUUAAGCGAUGCAUGGAUAGAGAAUAUCCACGAUACCCCUACCGACCUAUUAGCGGCUUCUCUCAUGAUAUCAAUAGCCCUCGAAGGCUGUAACAUAGACCUAGCCUGGCAAGCCUUUGGUCAAUCGUGCAGAAUUUCAAAGACCCUUGGCUACUUCUCGGUAGACGAAUCUUCCAAUGAAGAGAGCAAUCAGCAGUCCGUCCCAAACGGCACAAUCCCGUCAGAAGCCGAAGUCGAGCGAAACCGGAAACGCUUUGGAUUUUGGCACAUUCUUCGCACAGACUGUCUUUUCCGCAUGUCUUUCGGCAAGCCGACUUUUAUACCUGCAGGAUCGUGGAAGGUCAAUUUCCCCGAUCCGACAAUCAAUGGCGUGGACGAUGGAAAGUCACAUUUCAUACAGAUUCACUUCUUUUCUUCAAUGCGGCUUGCUCUUAUCGUGAUGAGGGGGGGUGCUCGACAAAAUUCAACCUCACAUGAUACUAUCAUCGAUGGUUAUAUCGACGAGGUGCAGUCUAUUUUGUCGGAUUGGGAUACGGUAUGUUAUGUCCUUCGUCGGUGCCCUCACUGCAUGACGGAACCCACAAGAUCUAUGCUAAUAGCAAGGAAGGAGAAUCUUCUUCAGAUGGCAACCGAUCAUAGCGAUAUCUGGCUUUGUGUCGAUGUCCUUUUCAACAGCUAUACAAUGCUUAUCGUGCUGUAUCAAUCGAAAAAGUCCGAGCAGGGUGGUAGUCUACCAUAUCCAGCCAUUUAUCUGGCCAGGAAAUCAGUAAAGACCUUCCAGUCACUACUAGAGUCCUCAUCGUAUUGGGGAAUCAGUCUUCUCCUACUGCAUCAUUUCCUCCCCUUCUUCGUCAUUUGCUUGGAAAUCCUUGGAAAUCCUACAUGCGAAAGCCUUGUUGAAAAUAUCAUGCUGGUGAGCUGGGUCUGCGACCAUGUCGAAGUUAUCGUUCAGGGAAGAGCCGUGCUAAAGCCGAUUGCGAUUGUCAUGAGAGCCUUGGUGAAUGCUUGCAAUCAAACGAAAGUAGACUCGGGCUUUCUUGCAGCAUCAGUCGUUGCUAGUUCUACUGUAACUCGAACUUGA